AGAUCGCCAGCCCCCAGACGAGAAGAAGCCGUGAUGAAGAUCGAAGACGUUCCCACGAUUGUCGGGUCGGGCAUCCACUCAGAUCGCCACGUUGCAGCGUUGCACUCGGCACCGAAGCACUUUCCCAAGAGCCGCAUCCAGAGGGCGACACUGCCCUCAGGACUUACUUUAGAGUACGCCAUCGAAAGCAGCAGGGAUGAACCGGAGACAGAAGAUCUGCCCGAGGAGCGUGUGGUAAUGAUCAACGGGUUCAUGAUGACGAAGGAGGGCUGGGCACCUAUCAUCGAUAUCCUGUUGGACAAGUGGGACGCCAAGACGCAAGGCAAAAGGCUCAGGAUCCUCAGCUUCGACAACCGCGGAGCAGGAGGCAGUGACGCCCCGUUCACCCGCUAUACGACAAGUCAAAUGGCCCAGGACACGCUGGGCUUGCUGGAUCAUGUCGGCUGGGACUCUGCACACUUUGUCGGCGGCAGCAUGGGCGGUAUGAUUGCUAUCGAGCUGGCAGCGUCGGUGCCGGAGCGUGUGCGCUCGCUGGCACUCCUGGUCACGACGCGUGGGGCGUAUUUACCGCAUCCGAGGAUGUGGAAGCCUUUCUUGGGCUCCGUUCUGGGCGGGUCAAUGCAAUGUGUCAUGGAGCUGCUAUAUCCGAGUUCCAUUCUGGAUAAACCUAUUGCUGGUAAAGAUGGACUGACAGUGCAAGAUGUACUCAAGAAUUACCACUCAACACCGCAGUCCGACAACGGACUUCCCCCGCUAUACGCACUGAUCGCUCAAGGUGUAGCGUGCUUGACGCACUGGGUAUCGGACGAGCGAUUGGAACUUGUGGCCAAGGCUGGCUUCCCGAUCCUCAUUAUCGGAGGCAAGCAAGAUAUCCUGAUUCCGCCUGAGAACUCUGUAACUCUGAUUGAACGUCUGAAGGGAGAUCAUGUGGACACACUGUUUUUCGAGACGGGAGGACACGGAGCGUUCUUCCAGUUUGUCGAGGAGAUCGCCGACGGUCUCCAGCAAACCAUCCAGCGCGCGAAGCUGUAAAGUACUAGCGAUCGACUCACUGCAUGAAGAUAUGGCUUCUUUGAGUAUACUGUACAUACUCUUUGUUAGGAAGUCAACAAGAGGCAGGAAGGCGGUCGAGUACUAACUCUUGAUAAGGCACUCGCUACUAUUAUACCCUACCAUUCGAAGAAAAGUUUAGGGGGCACCAGCACUCUGCAUAGUCUCCAGGAGCUUACCGGCUAUGUCGUCAAGGCAUUGCAAAAGGCACCCAUGGCCGGCGUCUUCGUAGACGACAAAUUCCGUGUGGUCACUAGCAAGCUCUUUCUUGAGGUGAAGUCCGUGCGAGAAACCGAAACACUUGUCCAGCUUCGCUGCAACGAUGAGGAUCCGGAAUCCCUGGUCGCGGAUUUUGUGCAGUUUCUUGUUGGAGACGCUAUGAAACAUCGCAGCCGCCGACUGGCCAAAUGCACCGGACGAAGACGGAGCUCCCAAGGUGGUCACCAUUUUCUUAUGAUACUUGUACAGCACGUCCCGCAUUGUCUCGUUUUCUCCGUUCUUGCUAGCUAAGAACGGUUCCGGAUACAGGAAGGAUAGGAUGGCGUUCGUGACUUUUGUUGGAUCGGACGACACUAUGGUCGUGAAAAUGGACGAGUACGCAGACGUGUCUGGUAUGAACGACCCCGAGCUGGUUGCUACAAGCGACAGCGACUGGACUCUGUUGGGAGCUGCCAAAGUGAUUUCCUGGGCGAUCAUUCCUCCCAAACUAGCGCCAGCAAUGUGAACAGUAUUCCAGCCGAUGGUGUCCAGCAGUGCCAAUGUGUCCAGGGUCAUACCCGAUGUGGAGUAUUUGCCCCACGGAGCGUCCGAGUCGCCCACUCCGCGGUUAUCGAACGUGAGAACCUUGAGUGUUUUGUCAGGAUAGCCUCUUUCCCAUUGAGUGAGCAGUACGUCGACCAGUGGAGCCCAUUCUUCUUUUCGAGAGCUGUGACCCACGAUCAGCACUAGUCGAGUCUCAUCCUCGGCGCUACCACUGCCUACCUCUUGAAUGAGGUAUCCCAUCGUUAUCCCCGUGUCCACCUUGACCUUCUGCAGGUGUACGCUCGGAACGCGGUAUACUGAGACGCCAUGUGCUGCUCCAGUCGAGAGAGUAAGGCCAUUUUGUUUGGAAUCUCGGUAACAAGGAAGACGAGAAGUGAAUCUCCAGUGUCUUUUGUUGAUCUAUAGCCGCGCAAGACUGCAUCCACACAUCAUUCAUCGAAAGUGGAACCCGUUCAUUCGACGGUGCAUAUACGAACCACUUGAAGUCAUUGGUGUAUUGUCCAUUUCUGCUUAGAUUUGGUGGUAGUGUCCACAUUCGACUAUACAUGGUAGAGCAUGCAUUAAGGCUGUACUCUCACAAGGGUGGUGAUGCUCGCCUCAUAGUUUCGAUGACCUCGUCGGCGAUUUCAUCAGCGUACUGGCAGAUUGCACCGUGGCCUCCCCUAUCGAAGAACAGCGUGUGCACGUGGUCGCCACUUAGAUGUUCCUUUAAGGCGAUGGACUCAGCUGCUGGAAUGACAUCGUCUAGCAUGGCGCUGACAAUUAGAAUUGGGAAACCAGCGUCGUUCAUGUCGUGUAGCCGCUCGUCGGACACGAAAUGCGUUUGAACAGCGGCCGUCUGGCCCAUGACGCCACUGAGGCUUGGCUCAGGCCACUUCUUCAAUUGUAACUCGUACAUGCGCGCGAUUGCAGAGCGCACGCUCUCGCCUGUUUCAGCUAUCCUUGUGAUAGCGACGUACUCCUGCGGAAACAGUGUGUCGACCAUGCUGUUCGCCUUUGCUGGUACAGAGCUAAACGAAAAAGUCUUGCGGACCAUCAGUCCGAGAGAUCGUCCACUGGCUUUGUAUCUGUCGCGGCUAGUUGAAACCAGCGUUAGUGAACGCACUCGUCGGAGAUCAAGCAGUGCCAGCUCCUGUGCGACCAUACCCCCCAUGCUGCAAACCAAAGCCAAAGUCAGUCAUAGAACUAGAGUCAAUCAAACAUUCAGUAGUCAACAAACCUGCCACCAACAAUAUGCGCAGACCGCCAACCGAUAUGGUCCAUCAAUGCGAGAAUGUCUUCCGCCAUGGUGCGCGUCGAGUACAUGCCGAAGGGCGCGUCCGUUCCUCCGAAGCCGCGAUUGUCCAGCACCAGGAUGCUGAGGCCCACACCGCGCUGCUUCUGGUUCCAUUUGGGCAAGAACGAGUCGAUGAAGUGCGCCCACGUGUCCUUGGGCUGCAUGAAGCCCGCAACCAGCACCACCUGUUCCACGCCCACCGACGCAUUCAUUGGUGGCAGCUCCAGCACGGCAUAGCUGACUGU